AUAUUAAGUUACUAAAUGGUGAUUCACUUAUUUCAGUUGGGAAGUCCUGAAAAAAUUGUAUUAGAAUAUGAUUGGGAACAACCGGCAGCAGAUGAGAAAACUUUGACUGAUGCAAAAAACGAAAAUGUCUUAUCCGAAAAUGUUCAGAAACUUCAAAAUUUAACUCUCGUACUUCAAAAAUUGCUUCAGAUGGCAUCAGCAACAUUUAAUGAUUUUAAAACAAAGCAGCAAGAACCGCUAUCUCCAACUUGUCGUAAUAACAAUAGAUCGACCAAUGCUAAUUCUGCUGGGAAACCAAAUACGUCAAGAAAUUCUACAAGAAAUCCAAAUAUCAGAUCAGGUGUUAGAGGAAAUCAAACUUCAAAUAUUAAGAAUGCCAACCAAAAGUGUUCGGAGCAAAAUUUAGAAAUGACGAAUAACUGUCAAAGUGCAAUCAAAACUAUGGGUGACAAUAUAACAAAUAUUAAUCAGACAUCCAAAUCUUCUGCAAACGAUAACAUUCAAGCAGACAAGCACGUGUUUGUCGUUCCUGUUGGUACGGCUCCUCGAACAGUUAAGCAACCUGUUAUUGCAUCUCCUGACGAUAUUAGAGAGCAGCUAGAUAAAUUUAUUCCGACAUUACGCAGAGGAGGCAGCAGAAUGAGAAGUCGUAAACCUUUGGUAGUUCAGAGGCCUCUGUUACCUCGUGGAGGCAUAGGGCCUCUCGACGGUUCCCAACCUAUGACAGUUGUCCAUUUAGUGCCUUCCAGUUCACAAAUCACUCCAAUUACAGCAGUCAUUCCAUCAACGGCAAAUCGGGGUGCUGGAAGCAAUAAAGUUGUUCUUCCACAACCAAAGAAAGUUGUGAAGUUGUUGCCGACAGGUACACCUGUUAAUAUGCAACCCAUACCAGUUCCCAUAUUGAAGACAGUUGGAAAUAAUAGUGGCAAUGUGGUAUUACCAGCAAAUAACAUAUCAACUGCCCAAAUAGUUGUUUCUACCUCUACAGUUGUACCAACAUUGGCAACUACAGCAUCUAAUGUUACUACUUCAGUGCAGCAUGCUACUUCAGACCUUGCCACAAUUCUCUCUACUUCGGAAUCUACUGCUGCAUCUCACGAAACAACAAAUAAAACUUUGAGUAACUCCCCAAUAAGUACAAUUGUUUCUAGUACAUCAUCAUCUGUAACUAUUCAGCAUGUGCCAUUGGAUGUAUUAUCAACUGCCAAAAAUCCAUCUUUGUCAAAUAUAUGCAUCACAACAACUUGCAGCUCAUCACCACCACAAAUCUCUAUUCCGGAGAGUACAUCUUCACCUACACCAACAUCACCACCAGAUAUCUCAUCACUUUUAGACAUUUCUCUUAGUGAAGCAAAUUUACAAACAGAAUCAAUUCCAGAACCCGGUUCAGGGCAUCUAUUAGGGUUUAAUGAGAAUUCAGAUUCAAGUUUAUCAGCUGCAUUUGGAUUACCAAGUUCAUUGUCCUCGAAUAAGAUUGAGAAAAACAUUGGAAGCACUCAAACAUGUAUUUCCUCCUGCUUAAGUAGGGAUCCAGUUGUGGCUGCUCGUCAGUCUACACCACCUCAAAGUCCUCCUUCAUCGAGCCAUUUCAGGAUAUGUUCACCGGUGCCCGAAAAUCAUUGGCUUAAUGGCGAAAGUGCUGAUUUUUCUUUAAGUAGCUUAUUGAAUACUUUGGAGAGUCCGUGUAAACCGACACCCGUAGUUCCAUCCAUUAACAUUACGACAGACAGUUCAAAUUUGGAUCCAAUUGCUAGGUUGGCACCUGAUGUUGAUACACAAUUACAGUGCCUGAUGAACGAAAGCAGCGUCGACUAUGUGGCAAAAUUUGCCGAUCUGGCUGCACAAAUUGCCUCCACAUCGUCCGCAGAGACCAAAUCGACCUGACGUCUCGACGUCAAUUCACAUUUUGUAUAUUAUCUUGUACAUAGACAGUCAAAGCGAUAACAAUCGUGCAUAUUUAUAACACUGCAUAGUUUGCAUUGCAUCAAUCCACCAACUUUUAAAAGGGGCCUUUUAGCACCUCAUCUCAAUGUAUAAAAUAGCUCACACCCUAACAUUUCUUUAUAAUGUACAGUAUAAUUAUUAUAUAGGUCCUCAUUGGCGACUAUUUAUCAGUACCAAAGCUCAUACAAAUAUACGAAUGUUAAUUUUGUGUAAAUUUGUAUUUGUCUGAUUAAGACUGUUGUUGUGAUUUUAAAAAAUAAUUUACUUUUAAAACAAUGAAAGAAAAUAAGUUUUAAAAUGUUUAUGAUAAAAUUCAAGCACCUGGUUCACUUUAUACUGUUUACUAUAUAUACAUACAUACAUAUAUAUAUAUAUAUAAACCAGUUUGAAGGAUCUUUUAAAAGAAAUUCUAAUACUCAAAUUUCAAAUUGAAGAAACAAUGUGUAGAUUCUUACCUCAGAAUCAUAAUUUUAAUUCAUCAUAUUUCAUGAAAAUCUUCACUAAGAAACAUUUGCGUUGUAUCAUAAAAUAAUUUAUAUUUUGAGCAAACGAAUUUCGUAAAUGUUUUUAUUAAUUUGUAAAAUGUUGUGUUAUGUUUGACUAUGUGAACAUAAAAUUUUGCUAUUAAAAAAUUUGAAAGAAAGGAACAAAAGGAUUAAGAUUUUAAUCUAACAAAUAAUAAUAAUAAAAAAAACCUUUUGACAAAUUCUCUAUAUUUGUCUUUUACUUGUACUGUUACUUAGAAUUCAGAGUCGGUACUCAAAGCCAAGUUCGUGGCUUAAACAUAGAUUUUAACAAAUUUUAAAUUGAUUUUAGAAGUGUUGGCAUAAUCGACUUAACCAUAGGAUACUCUUUGACCAAUCUAAUAAGUUUAAUGCUUUAUUAUAACUUAGUGAUUAAUUAAAUAUAUACAAAUCUUACUGAAAUAUCAUUCGAAUCUAUGUUCAGAACUGCAAAUCUCUUAUUACAAUGUGUUCGAUAUGUUUGCCAUCAAAUUUAACAACAUUUUCAAUACAGAAAUCAUUGUGGCCUGCAUAUUCUCCAUAUUUGAAUCCUUGAGGCUUCUUUACAUAAAGGUAUAUCAAGAGUAUACGAAACCAGUUCAAGGACUUUGGAAGAGCUAUCGAGCGUGAAAUCUUUGUCAUUCUGAGAGAUAUUCUUCAAAGCAUGAUGUAAAACUUUGGAAUAAUAUUAAGGAAAAUCAAGAUUGAAGUUGAAAAAUUUGGUAUUUGAGCAAGAUUUGUAUAUCUUGUUUCAUUUUAUGCAUUAAACUGCAGUGUUCAGGACAUUCUGUAUCGGCAAUAUAUUUAAUAUACGAAUGAGUACGUUCUCCCACCUCUAGCAAUUAUUGUUAAGAUAAACUCUCAACAUUUCAAAUAUAAACAGAUAUUUCAUAAAUUAGUUGUGUUAACAUGUGGAUUAAUAUUAAAUAUUUA